AUGCUCUCAAAGAAAUUCAAUGAGGAGAAAGCUUGCGUCUUGGAAGCCGUGCAUUUGGAUCCUCCUCCUCUCCUAAAGGGCCUGAUCCAGUGGGUGCUGGGAGCUGCACUGCACACCUGCAGCAUAAAAAAGAAGGCAUUCCUAUUCUUCGUCUUUUCUAACUGGGAUUAUCCUGGGUCUCUUGCAGGGGCCAGGGAUCGGUCGUUGCUUCGCCCUCGGUCCCCAUGUCCUGCUGGGACCCUUUACUCCCGGAACGUGUGCUAUGAAUAUCUGGAGGAAGAAGUCACUUGGCAAGAUGCUGAGGAUUACUGCCAGUUUUGGCGAGCCGGUCACUUAGCUUCCAUUCAGUCAGAUAAAGAGGAAAAUAUUAUUUCGAAGUACAUCAAGCAAACGAACAGCCCAUCCAGAGUCUGGAUUGGUUUCCACGCCACACCUGUAUCCUCGAAGCUCAAGUGGGGAUGGGCAGAUGGCUUUGCAUACCCUCCUGGAUCUGCUCUUUGGGACAACAGGAAACCCAGCACCACCCUCUCAUCCAGCAGAUGCGCUGCACUCUGCAAUGUGCAGCAUCCAACAGGUGCAUAUGGAGGCACUCACAAGGGAAAUGGCUGGGAGCAGAGACACUCUCCGCAGCUUGCCUAA